AACUUAAUCACCGACUAGUCUUGGGAAGUCGGCGCGAAUGUAUACCGUGUUUAUUUAAAUCGUACGUUCGGAAUCUCGAUAAUCCGUCGGAAUUAUGUUCAGUGUAGUAAAUGAUAAAAUACCUCAGAUUGUUUUCGCGUUAUCAGCGUCUCUGGGAGCGUUCGUCAUCGGAACAGUGCUGGGAUGGUCCUCGCCAACGCUGACGAUGUUGGAGAACGGGACCGCUGUUAGCUUCGAGGUUUCGGCCAUGGCUGCGGCGACCGCGUGUUCGCUGUUUGGCGUGGGCGCCGUGAUUGGUGCCGUUCCGGCUGGUGCCGUGUCGUCCGUGUUCGGCCGGCGCGUGUCGCUCAUCGUCAGUGAGGCGCACGUGGUCUUCGGGUGGCUGAUGAUUGCGUUCCCGAAGGCCGCGAGAAUGUUGUACGUUGGUCGGAUACUUCAGGGCGUAGGGUGCGGUGCCAUGUGCACCAUAAUACCCAUGUACGUUGGCGAGAUAGCCGAACCCGAGAUCCGAGGGUUCCUCGGUGGUUUGUACCAGCUGUUUGUCGUAUCUGGCAUCCUGUACUCGUACGUGCUCGGUAACUUUUUGAAUUAUAACCAACUCAACUUGGCGUGCGGCGUGUGGAUGGCGGUCCACAUACUGGGAGUGCUGUACAUACCGGAAUCGCCGUAUUUCCUGAUCCAGGAGAACAAACGAGUUGGCGCCGAAGAGGCGAUAGCCCGGCUACGGGACCCCAGUCACGACUGCAAGUCCGAGCUCGACGAGAUACAGAAAUUCGUUGAAGAAGAGCAAAAGAACAGUUACACGGCGCGCGAGGUACUCGAGAAGGACGUGAACAGGAGGGCGCUGACGAUCGGCAUCGGUUGCAUGUUCUUUCAGCAGAUGACCGGCAUCAACGCCAUCAUAUUCUAUAUGAAACACGUAUUCGAGAUUUCGGGAAGCGACAUCAGCCCCGAAGUGUGCACGACCGUCGUGGGCACAAUACAGGUAGCAAUGACAUUCGCGUCUAUGAUGAUCACGGACAAGUUUGGCAGACGAUCAUUAAUGGUGUACUCGAUGACUUUGAUGGGCAUCUGUUUACUGGCGCUAUCGUACUAUUUUUUUUCAAAAAAAUACAACCCCCACGUGGCUGAAACGCUGGACUGGUUACCACUCGUGGCUAUAGUGUUGUACAUAUCCAUGUUCUCGAUCGGCUGCGGUCCCAUACCGUACAUAAUCAUCGGGGAAAUAUUCUCUUCAGAACUCAAGUCGAUGGGCACGGGCAUGUCAAUUGCCACCAAUUGGAUAUUGGUCUGGCUGGUAACGUGUCUGGCCGAACCUAUGGACAAAUUUAUCGGCCCGAGCGGUACGUUUUUCGUGUACUCAGGGUUCUGCUUUAUGGGCAUGUUAUUCGUCGUGAAUUGUGUACCGGAGACCAAAAAUCGAUCCCUGGCUGUGAUUCAAUCGGAUCUCGAAAAGAACUAACAAACUGGUUGUAUUCCAUCUCGCGGAUGUGAAACUGUUUAAACCACUCUAUAUAAACACAUUUUGAUUAAAACUAAAUGUACGAUUGAGAUCUGGAAAUAAGUAUAAUAACAUGUUUUUGUACAAUAAUAUUAAUAAUGGUAAAAAAUUAUCGAUAAUUAAAUUUAUGUGAUUUAGAAAAUAUGGUGUAUUAUAUACUCGACAAAAAUGUGUCAACUAUCAUAUUAUUAUUCAUGAACAGUACCUACAUAGUACCCCAUGUUCAUAUUUAUGUAUCGUAAUUUGGGUACAUAAACAGUAUUAAUGAUAAAAUAUAUUAAGACAUAUUUUGUUCGUAAGUUUUUAAAGGUAAAAUAUUAAUUGUAUUACGCAAAUACCCUGUACCCAAGUAUUUGGACAUGAUGUAAAUAAACAAUUGAAUUUAUAAAAUAUAAAAAUUAAAUUUCUAAAGUAUCAAAAAUAUCUUUUAUGUUAAAAACUCAAAAACAAAAUUGAAUUUAUUGUUUUGAGCAUCGUAUAAGAAACAUAAUAUUUAUUUAUACAUAUUGUUGUUACGUGUGAAAAUUCUAUCUAAAUGUACUAAACAUAUUAUACAAUGCUUUGAUCAUACAUUUAUACGUCUCAACAGUCAGUGUUUGAAUAAAUAAUGUAGAAGUAAAGUAAUAAAUAAUAUACUCCAAGUAAUAAAAAAACUACGUACCUAUACCUAAAACUAUUUAUUUAUAUUAGAUGUUAUAUAGCAAAAUGUAAUAAUAGAAGUUGUACACAUUAAACU